CACAAUACUGGGUUACAAUAAAUCACUUGAGAAAGAAAAAUUAACAUUAAUAAAUAAAUAACACCAGUUGCCUCGAAUUAAAUAACCUAACGGUGCAGUUCAUAUAGAGAAACUCAUAUCUGGUCAACUCAUGAAUGCAGAAGCAGAGCUGACUAGCAAAUUGGCAUUAUGAAAUUUAUAUCUUGGCCUUCAUAAUUUGUAGCAUCCAGCCCUUGUUUUGAUUCAGAGUACCACAGAAAACUUUAUAGCAUUACUUAAACAUGAUGAUUUAAUACAUAAAUGUAAGGAAUUCAACUCAUUCAAUUAUUGACUUGGAUAACAUAUACUUAAGCAAGCGUUUAACUGGUGCAGAGUUUCUCUUCAAACUAGAAUUGAGGGUUAUCAGCACAAAGUGUUGAUGUCAACUAUGGUGUCACCUUCAGCAAAACUUUGCUCUUCUGAAAAUGGACAAUAGCAUACAAUACGCCCUCCUCUUAUGACCAAAUCUGACAUCUGAUUAUUCUUAUAGUUGUUAAUUCUAUCAUAACUAACUUAUUCGGCCACAUAAUUGCUAGUGAGUGUUUUCAAUUUCUCGCAUAUGGAGGUUGGAAUUACAAAAUUUUAUAAGUUAGCAGUCACUAAUAAAUUAUGACAACUAUAUAAACCAAAAGGAAGGGUGAGGAAUCUUAAAUUCAGGAACCAAGUCCUUCCGCAAAUUUAGAUAUGCAAUUAUGCAUUUUGCAAAAGACUUUCUGAAUACAUUGCUUCAGCUUCUUCUUCUUCUUCAGCUUUGCCAUUCUUUGGACACAACUAUCACUUCAAGCAAAUCCAUCAAAGAUGGUGACUUCCUUGUCUCUGAAAACCAGACUUUUGUGCUUGGAUUCUUUAGUCCUGGUACAUCAAGCAACCGCUAUGUUGGUAUUUGGUACGAGUUCUCAGAAGACAUGGUUGUGUGGGUAGCUAACAGAGACAAUCCUGUCAAUGAUACCUCAGGUAUCCUCACAAUUAGUGCUGAUGGAAAUCUUGCACUACUUCAUAACAGCAGUCGAGGCCCUCCUCUGUGGUCAACAAAUGUUUCUGUCUCGCCAGUAAGUAACAAUAGUACUAUGGUGCAGCUCCUGGAUUCAGGAAAUCUUGUCUUGGUUAAUCAGCUGGUCAACAACCAGAGUGGUGUCUUAUGGCAGAGCUUUGAUCAUCCUACACAUGUUCUUCUUGCAAACAUGAAAAUUGGGUUGGACCAUGGUAAGAACAUAUUCCUCACAUCCUGGAACUCAAAAAAUGACCCAGGAACUGGGGUUUGCUCAUUAAAGACAGAACCAAACGGGUCCCCACAAAUAAUCUUGUACAAGAGUAGGACAAAGUGGUGGCGGUCAGGUCAAUGGAAUGGGCUUCACUGGAAUGGAUUACCAAACAUAAACAGACAAAGCAACAAUCAUGCAUUUGACAUAGCUUUUGUGAACAACAAAGAUGAGGUUACUACAAAAUGGCUUGUUCUUGACCCAUCAGUAAUCUCGGUAAUAGCAAUUGACGGAUCUGGAUCAAUCCAACAACUAGCAUGGCAGGGACAGCGGCAAGGGUGGGUCACAAUCUGGUCAGCACCAACAGAUGUGUGUGACAAGUAUGGUAGAUGUGGUCCAUUUGGUAUUUGUAAUACAUACACUGCUAACUGGGAAAAAUGUGCAUGCUUUCCUGGAUACGAACCCAACUCCCCAGAGGAUUGGAAAUUAAGAGAAGGGUCAGGUGGGUGCAAGAGGCAGAAGGGAGCUCCAUCCAUGUGUAAGAAUGGAGAGGAAUUUGUAAAGAUACCAAACGUGAAGGUUCCAGAUCCUUCCACAAUCAAAUUGGACAUCAAUUUGACUAUGGCAGCAUGUGAGCAGAAGUGUUUGAGUAACUGCUCAUGCUUGGCAUAUGCCAGUGCAGAUGUGAGGAACGGAGGCAGCGGAUGCAUGACAUGGUAUGGAGAUUUAAUGGACACUACGCAAUUUACUCAGGGACAAGGACAAGAUCUGUACAUACGAGCUGAUGCAAUAGUCACAGCUAAGUACAGAAAGGAGUCAAAGAGGUUGCUUGCCAAAAAGGGGAUGCUGUUGAUUUUGGUAUUUCUACCCGUUGUUAUGAUAUUCUUGAUAUUUUUUGGAUGUUGUUGUUCAAGGAGGAAGACAAAAAACCCUUAUAGGGACACGACGCAAGAUGGAAGUAAAACUCACAAAGACCUGGAAUAUUUUGACCUAAAGAGCAUACUAGUUGCCACUGACAAUUUCUCUGCUUCUAACAAGCUAGGCGAAGGAGGAUUUGGCUCAGUAUAUAAGGGUAUACUAGCUGAUGGGGAGGAGAUUGCUGUCAAAAGAUUAUCAAAGCACUCUGGACAAGGUUUAGAACAAUUCAAAACUGAGGUUAAGCUUAUAUCAAAACUCCAGCACAGAAACCUGGUGAGGCUUCUUGGUUGUUGCAUCAAUUCAGAAGAGAAGAUGUUGAUAUAUGAAUACUUACCAAACAAAAGCUUGGACUUUUUCCUAUUUGAUAGAAGUAGAAGCUCGUUGUUAGACUGGAAAGAACGUUUUGACAUUAUUAUUGGAAUUGCUCGAGGGGUCCUAUAUCUCCAUCAAGACUCAAGAUUAAAAAUUAUCCACAGGGACAUAAAAGCUAGCAACAUCUUAUUGGAUUCCACAAUGAACCCAAAGAUCUCAGAUUUUGGACUAGCUAAAAUCAUUGGGGAAGACCAAAUCCAAACAAAUACAAACAGAGUGAUUGGAACGUAUGGAUAUAUGUCACCUGAAUAUGCAAUGGAAGGGCGAUAUUCAACAAAAUCUGAUGUUUUUAGCUAUGGUGUCUUACUGCUAGAGAUCAUCAGUGGCAAGAGGAACAGUGACUACGAUAUUGAACGCCGCACCCCCAAUUUGAUAGGACAAAUUUGGGAAAUGUGGAGAGAGAGACAAACAUCAGGAAUAGUUGAUCCUUCUUUGAGUCCGUCAUAUCCUGUUCAUGAAGUUUCCAGAUGCAUCCAGAUUGGGCUACUUUGCGUGCAAGAAUAUGCAACAGAUCGGCCAACAAUGUCAGAAGUUGUUUGCAUGUUGGGGAAAGACACACCUCUUACUUCUCCUAAGAAACCUGCAUUCAUAUUACAGUCCAGCAAUCCAAACUCAGAAGCACCAAGAAGAGUACCUUCUAUAAACAAUGUAACAAUAACCAUGCUUGAAGCCCGCUAAAGGUGCAGUGACAUACACCAUUAUCAAUAUUUUUAUUCCUUAAAUAAGUCUAUUCUAGUGUUUAUCAAACAUCACAAAACUUUCUCUAAUUCAAUCAACAGGACCUUCCUGCAAAUUUACUAAAGUAUAGAAUGGAGUUUUUCCUCUGCCUUAUUUUCCAACAAAAAGAAUGUAUAACAAAAAGUUUAA